AUGUCAGAAGUGACAGGAUCCAGAAGGGUGCUGGUGAGGGGUCCACUUGUUGGGAGGGGGGCAUUCUCCCAUGUAUACCUGGCAAGAGACGCUGAAACGCAAGAGAAAUUUGUUUUAAAGGUUGCAAUUGAAGAGGCAAAACCCACAGCGGCGACAUUCGAUGAGCUGCACGCAGAAGCUGAAGCUUACAAGCUCUUUCCGGCCGUCAAGACGCCACAGGAAGCCCAGGAGAGGCUAAGGUUUAUGGUGCCGAGCGACGUUGUCAAGAUCCCGUCCGCGCCACCGUAUGCGUACCACGGUCGCAAGAGGUCAAGAAUUUGGGCUCUGAACUAUUUUCUUGUUAUGCCAAAAGGGGAUGCAAACCUCUCACAACUGCUCGACGCAUUUCUCCAAGACCACUCCCUCUCCACGGAUACUGGGAUCGGCCGUGUUGCGCGGCUGCAGCUGACGUCCGCGGUUGUACGUUUAGUAGCGAAUCUUCACGACCAGGGGUUCGUUCAUGCUGACAUCAAACCGCAGAACAUGGUCGUCAUGAAGGACGGACGCAUGCUCCUAGCUGACUUCGGCUUUCUGAGAAAGCACAACUCUGUUGAAGAGCCGUGUGGCACUCUAGGGUACGUUGCUCCAGAACUCUUAUCCGCCGGCCCAGUCAAGUUUCGGUAUUCAGCUGAUGCAUGGGCCGUUGGCGCUACUCUAUUUCGAAUUUGGUGUGGUCAGUUCCCGGCGAAGGUAUACAGGCGUCCGUGGCAACUAGGUCCCGAGGACUGCAUGUCGCGUCCGCCUGAGCCCGUCGUGAUCCUCAUGGGGCAAUUCCUACAAAAGGUUGAAAGGCGCAGGCUCCAUCCCUUGGCAGCCAUGCGAACCCCGCAGUUUCGUCAGAUCAACGAAGAGGUGGAACGCGCUCUGAUUGAGGAGAACCAACAAGAUCUCUCAGGAAUAUCGGGAGGAGAUGGUUCGAUGACUGAUAUGGCAGCCACGCGACCCCGGCAGUUUCGUCAGAUCAACGAAGACGUGGCAGGCGCUCCGGUUGAGGAGAACCAACAAGAUCUCUCAGGAAUAUCGGGAGGCGAUGGUUCGAUGACCGAUAUGGCAGCCACGCGACCCCGGCAGUUUCGUCAGAUCAACGAAGACGUGGCAGGCGCUCCGGUUGAGAAGAACCAACAAGAUCUCUCAGGAAUACCGGGAGGCGAUGGUUCGAUGACCGAUACGGGAGCCAUACGACCCCGGCAGUUUCGUCAGAUCAACGAAGACGUGGCAGGCGCUCCGGUUGAGGAGAGCCAACAAGAUCUCUCAGGAAUAUCGGUUGGAGAUAGUUCGAUGAGCGAUAUAGGUGCUGCAGGAGUGUGGCCAAAGGAAUUCAUAGGGAAAAAAGGUACUAGCAGAAGAAGGUUGAGCGAACGUAGCACAGACGACGGCGAUAGCUGGCUAGUCUGGCAGAGGGACAGUCUGCCGAAGUGA